UUCUUCCCCCCCACCCCGCACCACCCCCACCUCGCUGACUUGGGGGGCUGUGGUCGCUCCGCAGCUCGCAGGUCACAUGGCCCGCCUGAGCGAGGCCACCCCACGGGAGGAGGCGAGGCUCCGUCGGACUGAGCCGAGCCGGCCUCGGCGACAGCAGCGGAGGGAGUGGACGGCCGCCCCCCGGGUUUGAUUCACGCUGAUUCUGACCCGCGUUGCAGGAUGUUUUUUUCUUGGGAUCAGACCUGACGAGCAGUUGACCUCAUGAGCACCCCCGCCUCGCCAGCUGCCAUGCUGCUCCGGAGGCUGAGACGGCUCUCCUGGGGCAGCACGGCCGUGCAGCUCUUUGUCUUAACGGUGGUGACGUUCGGCCUGCUGGCCCCCCUCGCCUGCCACCGGCUUCUACACUCUUACUUCUACCUGCGCCACUGGCAUCUGAACCAAAUGAGCCAAGAGUUCCUGCAGCAGAGCUUGAAAGAGGGCGAAGCGGCCCUCCAUUACUUUGAGGAGUUGCCCUCCGCCAACGGCUCCGUGCCCAUCGUCUGGCAGGCCACCCCGCGCCCCUGGCUGGUCAUCACCAUCAUCACGGUGGACAGGCAGCCCGGCUUCCACUACGUCCUGCAGGUGGUGUCCCAGUUCCACCGGCUGCUGCAGCAGUGUGGCCCCCAGUGUGAGGGCCACCAGCUCUUCCUGUGCAACGUGGAGCGAAGCGUGAGCCAUUUCGACGCCAAGCUGCUGUCCAAGUACGUCCCGGUCGCCAACCGCUACGAGGGCACGGAGGACGAUUACGGCGAUGACCCGUCGACCAACUCAUUCGAGAAAGAGAAGCAGGACUACGUCUAUUGCCUGGAGUCAUCCCUGCAGACCUAUAACCCAGACUAUGUCCUGAUGGUGGAAGACGACGCCGUCCCCGAGGAGCAGAUCUUCCCGGUCUUAGAGCACCUCCUGCGGGCUCGCUUCUCGGAGCCGCACCUCCGAGAUGCCCUCUACCUAAAGCUCUACCACCCCGAGAGGCUCCAGCACUACAUCAACCCAGAGCCCAUGCGAAUCCUGGAGUGGCUGGGCGUGGGCAUGGUGCUGGGGCCCCUCCUCACCUGGAUCUACAUGCGCUUUGCCAGCCGUCCCGGCUUCAGCUGGCCGGUCCUGCUCUUCUUCUCCCUGUACAGCAUGGGCCUGGUGGAGCUGGUGGGCCGCCACUACUUCCUGGAACUGCGGCGGCUGAGCCCGUCCUUGUACAGCGUGGUCCCUGCUUCCCACUGUUGCACCCCCGCCAUGCUCUUCCCUGCCCCCGCGGCCCGCCGGACCCUCACCUACCUGUCCCAGGUGUACUGCCACAAGGGCUUUGGCAAGGACACGGCCCUGUUCUCCCUGCUGAAGGCCAAGGGCGAGCGGGCCUACGUGGUGGAGCCCAACCUCGUGAAACACAUUGGACUCUUCUCCAGCCUCCGGUACAACUUCCAGCCCAGCCUGCUCUAGUGUGCGUCUGAGAAGAGGCCUCUCUGGCCUGGGCCACCUGUUGGAUAUUUUCCACUAUGGAUCUCUUCAUUUGGUUGCUUGCAGAUAUCGCAUUGUUUGGUGUUCUAGGUUUUAGGCACUGGGACAGCUGAGGGAACAGCUAAGCCAAGAGCCGUGGCUUGGUAAACUCUCUGGCGGAAUCCCUCCACACAGCCACACUGCCUCAUGCUGUCUGACCCACCCGGCCAAGGGCCGCGGGAACGCUAGUUGUAUCCUCCAGUUGUGUUCAGCUCUGCUUGGUGAUCGAGCUUGUGACUACAAAAAUAUUGUGCACAGUGUUUCAUGACUAUGUUAGGACUUUAAGGUUAAAAUUUGAUGAAAGUCGCGCGCCUUUUGAAUUGAUUUCCUUUGUCUCUUGAGCAUGAGAAUGGAUCUCUGUUUAGAAUCUGUGUUUAAAGGGGCAGAAUCAUGUUGAUGGAUUCCUUUUGUCUCCUCGACCUCGUGUAAUAAAAGCUGACAAAAACAAAACUAAGCAUGCUACCGAGCCUGACGUCUAGCAGGCAGGUGACCUGGUGUCUGGUGCUUUCUUACUCUAUCAUCAAUGAGAACUCCAAGACACAGCCAGACCGAGAAGCCCCUCUGAACUAUCAGUUAGGAUUCUUGUGUUCAUGUGAGUUAGUAUUGAAGGUUUUUAUCAUUUCAAUUCUUUUUUAAUUGGACAUUGCAGAAAGAUUGAGAAUUGGUGAGCUCUCAUUAGUAGCAUAUUACCCCCCUAACUUUUGCUGGUUUACCAUUCAGCUCCUUUCAAUUUUUUCCCCAGGUGACAUGGUGUUCUAGAAGAAAAUAGGCAGACUGACAUGACAUCUUGAAAUCUGAAUUAUUUUCUGUCUUAGGAAUGCCCUAGUGAAAUGAACUUGAACAAGCCACAACCACUCUGCGUCUCAGUUUCUUCACCUGUUAAUGACGGCAUGUAAACCUUUUAAAGUUGUUUGAGGAUUAAAUUAUAUAAUUUUUUUCUUUUGCUUUUUGGGUCACACCCAGCGAUGCUCAGGGGUUACUCCUGGCUCUGCACUCAGGAAUUACUCCUGGCGGUGCUUGGGGGACCAUAUGGGAUGCCGGGGAUCGAACCCGGGUCGGCCGCGUGCAAGGCAAACGCCCUACCUGCUGUGCUGUCACUCCGGCCCCCAAAUUAUAUAAUUUUUGUAAAACACCAGUCAAGUGCUUUACCCAUAGAAGACAGUAGGCAAAUACCAGUUCUUUUCUUUCCUAUACAAAGCAUGUACAACUCAUUUAGGUAAAGAUAUUAGUGAUAUUGCUUAAAGUAAUGAGAUUGGGCAUCCACAGAGCAGUUAUUCCAGGUCAAACACUGCUAGGAAAAUAGACUUGACUUUUUGUUGUGGCUUCUGAAAGGCAGGCACCUCAGCUUUUAUCCGGCACCACUUCCAGCCAGCUAGAUGUUAAAAAUUAUUCACAUUGGAAAUUAUCCAAGACUGCUCUGGAGCUUAUUCUAACAGUAGCAUCUGGAAAUUCCCGUUCUCAAAGGUGACUAAACGUCCUCCGCUGACCCUUAUCAAAGCAGUGGCUGACAAGUCCCUAAAUGGAGUUUAGAAUGGAACUCAAGCUCAGUGCCACCUCUCCCAUCUGUUUAUUUCCAGAGUGAGCUACUCUCUUGGGAUCUGCUCUGGAGAACUGGGGGGAUUCUGGGAGAACUGAUCACCACACUUUAUAGUUAAACACAAACCCAGAAGACACCUACUGACCCAUCUCCUGAGUCACCUGGCUGAGCAGCAGCAGAGUACCACUAAAAUGUUGCUCUUCUGAUUUCCAGCCCCCAUGCUUGUUUUCUCAGCCACAUAAAAGCUGUAGCCAAAUUCUCUUUAAUAAAAUAGUCACUGUCACUGUCACUGUCAUCCUGUUGAUAAUCGAUUUGCUUGAGCGGGCACCAGUAAUGUCUCCAUUGUGAGACUUAUUUGUUACUGUUUUUGGCAUAUUGAAUAUGCCACGGGUAGCUUGCCAGGCUCUGCCAUGCGGGUGAGAUACUCUCGGUAGCUUGCCAGGCUCUCUGAGAGGGGCGGAGGAAUCCAGUCCAGGCAAAUGCACUACCGCUGUGCUAUCGCUCCAGCCCUAUUAAAAUAGAUUGUAACUAUUUACUAUAAUGGUAGAAACUCACUCUCACCUGGGACUUGGGACGUAAACCAAGAUCAGUAUCUUGGUAUGCUGAGCUGCAAUGUCCAAAAGAGACCAGAGCUAAGAGAUGACUUACUAAGAUGUUCAGAUUCCACUCCAUUACGUCUUUCCUAGUAAGUGGUAUAUACCCCAUGUAUGAGAAGGGAACCUCCCACAGCCUAGACCUCCCUGGAGUUUAUUGCAUUAAUGAUUGAUCAUGUCGUGAACAUGCUUUAUGCAGUCACUGAAGACCAUUUCUAACUAACCAAGCCAGACUCAAGAUAGUAGGUCAUCCUUGAUGCCUUAUCCCUAUGCCCUUUGUGAUUCACUUCUAUUGCAUGCCAAGAUCCCUUUCUCUGAUUCCUUUUAUUCCAGAUGGUGAAUGGACAGCUGUUCUUUGACUAAUUCCUCUAUCUGUAUAUCAAUUGUUCCCGUUACCCCUCCACCCUGCCACACAUCCCACCUCCCACCCAGCUUAGAAUUUAACUAUAUCUAUGGAUGUUUUCUGCUAAUGCAGUUCAGUUUUGCCCUUUCAUCUAUAUCCACUUCUGUAUCAUCUUCCCUUACUCCCUUUGUUGUCUGAUGUUCUUGAUUAGAGCAGUUGACAACUGUCCACUAAAGUCUCAAUCUUUAACACAGGAGCCAGAAGAGAACUGUGGUUUCUUUCCUAUACUAAGGGAUAUAGAUUACCAAGAGUGUCAAGGUCCCUAACAGUUUGCUCACUUUUCAGAGUUUAAUCAGAUUCAUACCUACAAAGCUUCCUGUUGUGACUGAGUGUAUUUCCAUAGGCAUACACUUUUUUGACAUUAAUUUCAAAUAAAAGCACCUUGAGAUAGGUCAUCAUGAGAAGACUUUUGUCAUUCUCUUGUUCCUGUGGAUAAAUUUUUGUUUUAUUUUGUUUUGGGGCCACACCUCGUGGUACUCAGGACUUACUUUGGCUCUGUGCUUGAGAAUCACUUUUAACAGAGCUCUGGGGACCAUUUGACAUGCUGUAGAUCAAACCUGGGUUGGUCACAUGCAAGGCAAGUGUCCUACCCAAUGUACUAUUCGUCCAGUCCCCUGGAUAGAUUUUUCUGAUAUGGUAAAUAAUAUCACAUACAUAUUCACACAUACAUGAUUGUAGGGUCCCACAUAGCCAUUCAAAAAAUAUGGACUGAGUGCUUAAACAUUCCUUAAGUGUACUAGACAUGUGAAUUAAUGGUGGUAGAGUACUUGUCUGAGUCCCUGUGUUUAGCACUAUCAUUGACAAAAAUAUCUACAACUGAUUUUGAUCUAUUAAAUGGAAACAUUAGAAAUG